AUGGCCGACUCUAACAUGUCGGAUGCCGACAAGAUCCGUGCAAAACGUCUGGCAAAACUGGGAGGAAAUCAAAGUAGUAAUGCUGCCGAUUCAGCACCUGCGGCGAAUGGCGCUGUCUCCUCCACCCCCUCUGACCCCUCCGCCACCGCCCCAGUCCCCACCAAGCCCGCAACAUCCGUACCAACAUCCGAGAACCCUUUCUCCAAGCUAGGUGCUAAGGCCGAAGACACCACAUCACAAUCGAAAGUGCAGCCCAGACCAGCUUCGCCGGCGAAGCGAGAAAGAGACGGCUCAGAGCGCGCAAGGUCUCGUACGCACGAGAAGGCGCCGGAGAGUCUGGAAAUCUGGCAGGAUAGGAGCCUGAGGCAAAUCUUCCGAGUCACAUUGAAGCCCGAAGAGACGAGAGACUUCCAUGGCAACCACCUUAUCUUCCUCGCUAGUACAAGGGAGGAUGUGACCGAAAGUGGAUCCCCGCAGCUAAACAUGGACGUUCUUGAAGGCGCAAUCACAGAGGCAGCGAGCAGCACCAAGGGCAAGCCAUUUGAGUAUCUUCUACAAUGCUUCAAGAGAGCGUCCCGGGCAGUUCGACAAACGAAAUACAGCGGACCAGAUGACUCGAAGCACGCCGUAUUACUCGAGACGCGCCGGCUAUGCAUGAGCUACUGCAUCUUCUCUGUCACCAUGCCCGAGAUGUUUGGGGAAGAAAUGGCCCCGUCAACGUCAAACAAGCUGGCUGAGCAUUUGCUUGCGGAUCCGGAGAACGACCUGGGGAUCUGCACUGAUUUCCUGACCGAGGCGAGCAGCCGCUUCGAGGAAGACGAGAGUAUCAAAGAGGCAAUUGUGGCAGCUGCCGAAGACCUGAGUCGUCAACUAUCUGCGAAGAGCAUGCUUGAAGACUACCAAAGUUACAUGCGCGCCCUACGGAACCUGACCCGCUUCCCGAAGAUCGUAGAAGCUCUCACGCAGUCGUCGACGUGGCUGCCUCAGGACGUAGAGCCGCAAGAUGUCGAGACCAAGACCUUCCUCGGCCCCUUCUUCCGGCUUUCGCCUAUGCAUCUUGAGGUCGCGAGCAACUAUUUCUCCGCUCCAAAGACAAGAGACCGGGGUUUCAUCGCACAAGCUCAGAGUGCUGUGCGUACGGUGCUCAGGACACACCAGGACGAGCUGUUCCGCGUCGCAAACGAUGUGGUACGAUCUGGCUCGGCGCAGCGCGAGGCGAUCCUCAACUGGUUUGCUCUGUGUGUCAACAAGAACCACAAGAAACGGGCAAUGCGUGUGGUUUACAAGACUGUGUCUAGCGACGGCUUCAUGGUCAAUGUCACCAGCAUUCUGGACCAGCUGUGUGAACCGUUCAUGGAUGCGCAAUUCGGAAAGAUUGAUCGGAUCGAUGUUGAUUACCUCCGCCGAGACCCGCGAGUCGACAUUUCGGAUGAGACGAAGAUCAACGCAGACCAGAAGACUGCGGACGACUUCUAUUCCAACAAGGCGGACGGCACAAGCAACUUCAUUUCCGAAGUGUUCUUCCUAACGGUCGCAGCGCAUCACUACGGUACCGAAGCGGCACAGACAAGGAUGGGCAUGAUGAAGAAGUCGAUUCAGCGGACGGAGAAAGACCUCGAACAAUUUGAGGCGGAGAGGCAUAAAUAUGUCAACGACCCUCGCUACAUGCAACGCUUCGAAGCGCACGUGGCGCGGUUCAAGAAGCACAUUGAUGAUCAGUGGAGCAUCUAUCACGCCACUUGGGGCGUCCUAAUAGAUGAUCUUACGCAAGCUCGUAGCAUGCAGUUCAUGCGCUACGUGAUCGUCUGGUUGUUGCGCCUGGCCUCUCGACAACAAUUGCCAAAGGAGCGUCUGAACCUUCCACUUUCGGAAGAGCAGCCGAAUGUGUUCAGUUGCUUGCCAGAGUACUUCCUCGAGGGCCUCACCGACAAUUUCAAAUUCAUCACGGGCAACAUGAACAUUCUGACACCCCAGCAAUGCGAGGAAAUCGUUCAGAUUUGCGUGACGUUCUUGCGCAACGGCGAGUAUGUCAAGAAUCCCGGAAUCAAGUCCGGGCUGGUCACCAUCCUUUACUAUGGCUCGCGGCCCAUCACCAGGCCGAAUGGAGUGUUGGGAGAUCUCUUGAUGGGAUCGGAUUUUGCGAACAAACAUCUUCUCCACGCUCUGAUGAAGUUCUACAUCGAAGCGGAGUCGACGGGCAGCCACACCCAAUUCUUUGACAAGUUCAACAUUCGAUACGAAAUCUUCAAGGUUGUUCAGACCAUCUGGCCAAACACCUUGUACCGCGAAACGCUUGCCAAAGAAGCGAAGAUCAACCGCGACUUCUUUGUACAGUUCGUCAACAUGCUUGUCAACGAUGUGACUUUCGUGCUCGACGAGAGUCUCUCUUCGUUUGCUAGAAUCCGUGAAUUGGAGACAGAACUGGCAAAUGAGGCAUUGAUGCAGAGCUUAAGUGAAGAACAAAGGAAAGAGAAACAAGACCUGCUGGAGGACAAUCAAGGCAAGGCCAAAAGCUACAUGGGCCUCACCAACGAGACCAUCCAGAUGCUCAUCCUCUUCUCCGAGUCGCUGGCGGAAGCCUUCACUAUGCCGGAAAUCGUGACGAGGCUGGCGGACAUGCUGGAUUACAAUCUUGGCAUCAUGGUCGGUCCGAAGCAAGUCAACCUCAAGGUCGGCAACCCGAAGGAGUACGAUUUCCGGCCGAAAGAACUAUUGAGUAACAUUGCGACGGUCUACCUAAAUCUCGCUGAACAGCAGACUUUCCUUCAGGCCAUUGCAAGGGACGGCAGAAGCUACAAACCAGCGAAUUUCGAGCAGGCAAAGUAUUUCAUGCAGCGCGAAGUACUCAAAUCCCCGCAAGACCUCGAGCUGUGGGACGUGAUGGUGGCGAACAUCGCCGCGGCCAAGGCAGCUGACGACGAGGAAGAAGAGGACCUUGGCGAUCCACCAGACGAAUUCCUAGACCCGCUGAUGGCGGAUCUGAUGAAGGACCCCGUCAUCCUGCCCUCUUCAAAAGCGGUCAUGGACCGAAGCACAAUCCGAAGUCACUUGUUGAGCGAUCCCACGGAUCCGUUCAACCGGGCGCCUUUGAAGAUCGACCAGGUCAUUCCCGACGUCGAGAUGAAGGCCAAAAUUGAAGCGUGGAAGGCGGAGCGCAAGGCAGCGAAGCUGGCGGAGAGGGAGGCGAAGAUGGACACGGCGUAG